AAAAAAAGAUGAGAGUGAACGGCUCAAUCAAGAUUUACCGGCGCCUAAUGUCAGCGGCCGGGAAAGAUGGGUGGAUUUGCAGUAGUUUGGAAUCGGUACCCAAGGAAACGGCAGAAGCUGUAGUGAUAGGCGCCGGAGUGGUGGGGUUGGCGGUGGCGCGUGAGCUGGCGAUGAAGGCCGGAAGAGAGGUUUUAGUGGUGGAUUCGGCGCCGACUUUUGGGAGUGGCUCCAGUUCUCGCAACAGUGAAGUUAUCCAUGCUGGUAUUUAUUACCCUCCCAAUUCCCUCAAGGCCAGUUUUUGUGUGAGAGGAAGGCAUUUGCUGCACGAGUAUUGUAGACAUCAUGGCAUCCCUCAUAAACAGAUAGGCAAGCUGAUUGUGGCCACUCGGCCUUCUGAAAUUCCCAAGUUGAGUGAGCUGAUGGGUCGAGGUGUUGAGAAUGGAGUUGAAGGUUUGAGGAUGAUGGACGGGCAAGAAGCAAUGCGUUUAGAGCCCGAGCUGUACUGCACCAAAGCCUUGCUAUCACCCGUUUCUGGGAUCAUUGAUAGCCAUUCUUUGAUGCUCGCGCUACUGGGGGAAGCUGAGAGCCAUGGAGCCAUCUUCUCUUACAACACCACUGUAAUUGGUGGUAGAUAUGAGGGAGGCCAACUGCAGCUCUACGUAUGUGACAGCAAGUCCCUUACAAACUGGGACAGGAAGUCUGCUUUGAAGCCUGAUCUGAUUCUUUGUCCCAGAAUUGUUGUGAACUCUGCUGGCCUGGGUGCUCUGCCUCUUUCCAAGAGGAUUCACGGCCUAGAUGACAGGAUCAUCCCCACCCCCUACUUUGCUCGUGGCUGCUACUUCACGUUGUCAAAUGUCAAAUCACCUCCCUUCCAGCGUCUAGUCUAUCCCAUACCGGAAGAUGGUGGCCUUGGGGUUCAUGUCACCUUGGAUUUGAACGGCCAGGUCAAGUUCGGACCUAAUGUCGAGUGGAUUGAUGGCACAGACGACAUCUCAAACUUCCUCAAUCUGUUCGACUAUUCUGUGGCUGAAGAUGGUGCAAAUCGCUUUUACCCAGAGAUAAGAAAAUACUAUCCGCAUCUAAAUGAUGGGUCAUUGGAACCAGGAUAUGCCGGUAUUCGGCCAAAGCUCACCGGGCCAAUGCAGAUUCCUAGUGAUUUUAUAGUACAGGGAGAGAAGAUUCAUGGCAUUCCAGGCUUGAUAAACCUCUUUGGUAUUGAAUCACCUGGCCUAACUUCAAGCAUGGCCAUUGCAGAACAUGUUGCUGAUAUAAUGAAUUACAGUCACAAAAAGUAGUGAAACUAGGUUUUACAAUCACAACAUCCAGUUUCUGAAAUUUACUACAGCAAAAAUUCGAUGAAUUACUCAUCACUUGUUAUGUUGUUUCUGAAUGACAGUCACAAAAAGUAGUGAAACUAGGUUUUACACUCACAAUAUUUAUUUUCUGAAA